CAACAACAGAAUGUUCAUUGUUCAAGUACAUGGCCAUGGCGUUCGCCUUUGUGAUUAGUGUUAUCUAAUUUGUGUAACAGGAUCCGAAAUAUUCCGAUUAGUUGUUAAUAUAUCGGUCGAAGUUAACCGCUUGAAUUUUCAUUUCGCAUUUUAUAAUAGUAUGUGAAAAUGUCGGCCGGAACUUAUUAUAACCAUCCUGAUAGUCGCGCGGAUAUGCUCGUUACUACAACUCUGAAUGAACUAUCUUUCAAUGCGUUCAGCUCCGAGGAACUAAAAGAAAUUUUUAGCAGUGAUGAUAAAAUAGACGAUAUGAUCAAAGACUGCAAAGUCGUUAAAGACUUGGAAGCAGAGAAAGAAAUGUUAACUGUCAGCAACCGAUCUCUUGCCGAGUUUAACUUAUCUAAAGAAAGUCAGCUGAAUGAUGGAAAGCAGCAGUUGAAAGAGCUUACUGAACAAGGGGAGAAACUUUUACUCAGCAUUAAAGAAAAAAGGGAUGAAAUUAAGAGUCACAAAAACAAUUUAAGUGCAGAGACAGUUCUAGCUUUACUACAAACAGCUGCCGCCGAAAUAGAGGAAGAAUCUGAGGAAGUUGCUUCGAAGUUAAUGAAAGGUGAAUUUGAUGUGGAUGAGUUUUUAAAACAAUUCGCACCUCGCCGCACAUUGAUGCAUCUGCGCCGUGUUAAAGCCGAUAAAAUGACAGAAAUGCUAACAAAACGUAAUUCAUUUAGCCGGGUACCAGAGAGACCUAUGCCACCGAAAGCACAACCAAAUUUCGCUCCUUAUUUUAUACCUUCGCCCAUACCAUCUGGAGUAAGUUCAACUCCUUAUCCCGUCUCCGUAAACAUGCCCAUGCCGGGAGUUCUUCAACCAAAUCAUUUUGCUUGAAUGAAUCUUAAUUUACUCCAUUGGUCACCAAAGACCUGCUCGCAAUGAUCUGGAAACAUAUCAUCUCUUGAAUGUAAAAUUCUUGUUAGGCCUAAUUUUGUUGAGCAUUACAUGCAAAGCCAUCUCAUGACAAACUGAUGGACUGUAUGAAAAAAAAAAACACGCAAGAACAACAGAAGUUGUACGUUUCCUUAUAAUACACCCGAUGAGAUUGUUACUCCUUUACAACUGGCAAUCAAAAUUAACUGUCCAAAAGUUUUCUCUCAUUACUCUCCUUUUCUCCUGCCAUUCAUAAAAGCACAAAUUGUUGAAGCUUUGUUUUGAACGUAGCUCUCUUUACUUUGAUCCUGCAGGCUAAUCCUUAAAAGUGAUAGACAUAGCAAUAGACAAAGAAGACAAAGAGGAAAUGGAGUGAUCCUAUUGGUUGAAAAGGCAGGAUCUUAGAAAAAUAAUGGGGCAAACGAUAUAUCUACUCAAGGGCCUCUCAGGAGUUACCUUCAGUUAGUCUAUUACUUACUUUCUCUAUCCAUUCCACUCAUAGAAAUGCUUCAUUUCCCAUUUGUCUUCUCUGUAUGCAGCUUUGAUUAUCAAUUUCAAUAAUCAACCGACUAGAUGAGACAUGAACAAGUAUUUUUAAUAGAUCAAACGGAAGUGAGAUUGUUCAAAUUGCCUGAUGGGAAAUUUUGAAAUCACAUGGCCAAAGAUAAUUUAGUGCUGCCCUCUUUUGCAGGAAAAUAAUCUUAUGUAAACUCUUAGGACAAGUCAAAGUAUAUUUGUUGGGAGUAGUUUACUCAUUUUAACAUCUAAACUCUCUUCCUCUCAAAAUAGUUCCUUCAGUGAUAACUUUACUGUUUCAAGUUAGGAUAUUGCCCAGAGGGUUUCUGUUGUCGCGCAGUAUUUGAUGUUAAAUUGUAUUGAUGCUGAAAUUUAUUUUUAUGAUUUUUAAUGAUGAAAGUGCCUGUUUUGUAAUCUAAUAGUUGUUAGAGAGAUUUUGCAAGUUUUGAUGUCAAAGAAACUAUGUCGGCUUGUUCAAUUUGUCUUUUUAAGAGGUAUUGACAUAUUAAAUGUUUGUUGCAUGUAGAUAGGGACGAGUUCUGUAGGACGAUUUACUGGUGUGACAGUCGAUCAAAGCGCAAUCACAGGUUUUUCCAUUGGCUCUUAAGAGAGUUCAAGGUCCUAUAGAACUCGUCCCUGAUGUGGAAGUAUCUCAUUAUAAUGGUACUUUAACUCUUCAUCAAAAGUGUUUUUUCUCUUUAUCUUGUGAGGAUUUUUGGUGCAAGAUUAAAAUGACUCGCUUGUUCAGCAAGUGAGUUUUGAUUGUUGCUUAGUUUAAGUACAGUUCAGAAAAAAUCCUGUCUUAGAAGUAGAAGGCCGUUUCAUCUUGAUUUUGAGAAUGAAGCAAUCUGUCAUAUUCCUCCAUCGCUUGUUCAUGAUGGUAGACAUUGUUCAGCGCUCAUCCUCCCUCAUGAUUUGAAAGUCUACGUCUUUGAUUAUCACUACGCUCUAUCUUAUAAGGUUGAAAAUAAUUAUCUUGUGAUGUUAGUAUUCUAUUGUAAAUUGUUCCCUGCUUACCCUCCAAUGUAAAGUAUUGCCGAUAGUACCAUUAGAAAUUAAGACUUAGUUAAUUUUAAGCUUGUAUGUAAGCUAGUGCGUAAUUAUUUGACAGCCAUGGAAGAACUACGUCUCAAGUUCUUGAAUAAACACUUAAAAGUAAA